AGCCUCCUCGCCUGCCGGCUGCACCUCAAGCGCUAGGCCGCCGCCGCCGCCGCCGCCGCCGCCGCUGCUGCCAUGGAUGCUCAGACUGAGAAGGCGUUUCUGAAGCAGCCCAAGGUCUUCCUCUGCUCGAAGAAGUCUGGCAAGGGGAAGAGACCUGGUAAGGGAGGGAACAGGUACUAUAAGAGCGUUGGCUUGGGCUUCAAGACCCCGAGAGAGGCUGUUGAAGGGACUUAUAUUGACAAGAAGUGCCCAUUUACUGGCAAUGUAUCCAUCAGGGGUCGUAUUCUUGCUGGCACUUGCCACAGUGCCAAGAUGAUGAGGACCAUCAUUGUCCGCCGAAACUACCUGCACUUUGUCAAGAAGUACCAAAGAUAUGAGAAGAGGCAUUCCAACAUUCCCGCACACAUUUCUCCAUGCUUCCGUGUAAAGGAGGGUGACCAUGUUACUAUUGGCCAGUGCAGGCCGCUGUCAAAGACGGUGAGGUUCAAUGUCUUGAAAGUGAUCCCAGCUGGGUCAUCAGGUGGAGGCGGGAAGAAGGCAUUCACCGGGAUGUAAGGGUAGCGGCACAGUUCUUCCAUUGAAGCUUAUUUGUGGGAGUAAUGUUAGGUUCAAUUUUGUGGGUCUAGAUGAGACUUGUUUUGAAUUUUCAUGAAUGGAUUGCGUUACAGUUUCAGUUCUGCUAUUGACUGAAAGGUGCUUUGCAUUUUACUGUGGACUUAACUAUGGUAAUAUAUGCAUGAGGUAUUUGCUUUGAGAGAAAUUAAAGCAUAAUUUAUACACAA